GUAUAUCUCUAACAUAUUGUUUACACUGUUAUACCAUUAACCUGCUUACUGCAUAAUUAAAACUACUCCGGUCUGUAAUGAUAGAUUGGUAAUUUUUUUUUUAUUUAUUCCACUUAUAUUUCAAUAUAAGUAUAACAAAAAUUUUACCGGCCGUUAAACAUAAUUUCCUGUACAAAUAAUGCCAACGAAACUGAUAAGAUUACAAAUAUGAGCAUUAAAAUUCAACGAUACAAUGACAAAAGAUAGGUUAGCCGAUUUAAUCAAGGCACAAGAUAAACAAACAACUAACGAUGUUAAAGUGACUAUUAACACUCAAGUCGAUCAAAAUGGGGUGGAUCUAAAGAAAACGUUCGAAAGGGCAGAAGUUAUAGGACAGUGGAUAGAGGGAGUUGAGAGAAAUGUAGAGACGAUUAGACAUUAUCUUAGACAGCUAAUAUCACCUAAUUUUACAGAGCUAACCUACAAAUUAGAAGAUUUAUUUCAAAACAAUACGAGUAUAUUUCAUAAAAUAAAUGGAAAACUUAAAGAACUAGAAGAAGAAGUGACUAGAUCAGAUAACGAAUCGGCCGAGGGAAGAAUAAAAUCUAUUCAAUAUAAUACAUUGAGAACUCGAUAUAUGAAGGUUUUUAAGAAGAACAGUGAGGAAUUGGAAAACUUUAAAAAUAUACAAAAAUCAAAUUUGGAAGCGCAACUUAUUGCUAAAGGCGUUAGGGUUACAGAUGAAGAGUUAGUUGCUCUUUUAGAUAACAAAACCGAUAUUCAGGUCUUCACAGACAAUAUUUUAGCAGAAACACAAGAAGCCAAAAGAAUUCUGGCAGAUAUUGAAGAAAGACACCAGCAGCUUUUAAAAAUAGAAAGUAUGUUAGUUGAAGUCAGGGAUUUGUUCCUUCAAAUGGCAAUUUUGGUGGAUACACAGCAAGAUUUGAUUGACAGAGUCGAUUAUCAAGCAGAAUUAGCAAGAGAAUUUGUUGGAAAAACACCAAGAAUUUUAGAUAAUGCUUCAAAGAAAAAGCGAAAGUACUUAAAGUGUAAAAUAAUUAUUGGUAUUGUGAUAGUACUAUUUUUUAUAUUACUUCUAGUAUCCUUAUUUAAGUAAAUAUUUUUAGAAGAAAUAUAUGAGGAUAUUGUAAUUUGAAUAAUAAAAUGCAUUGAAAAUUUA